AUGAAUUGUCUGACCGAAAAACUCAUACAAAGUUUGUUGACAGGAGGAAGUGACGGUAGAGUUCAUGUGUUUGAUUUGCAAGCUAUUCCUGCCGAACAUGAACGAAAUGAACCUGUUGCAAGUGUAGCAAGGGCAGAUCGACAUCAAUAUGCAGUUACCUCGGCCACUUGGUACCCUUUUGACACAGGCAUGUUUAUCACAUCAAGUUAUGACACAACCAUUAAAGUAUGGGACACAAAUACAAUGAAGCCAGAGUAUGAAUUCAACUUGGAAUCAAGAGUCAAUUCUCAAUCCAUGUCACCUAUUGCCUCUCAUUCACUUGUUGCAAGUGCCGCGAGUGAGCCCAGGAUUCGAUUGUGCGACUUGAAUAGUGGCGCUUUUACUCAUUCUUUGAUGGGUCACUCUGGUUCCGUAUUAUCUUGUGUCUGGUCUACACAUCAAGAAUUUAUUUUGUACUCGGGAGGAAUGGAUUGUACCAUUCGAGUCUGGGACAUUCGACGUGCUUCUUCGUGUUUGAUGUCUUUAGAUCAAGAGAAUACAACUACAGAUCCCUUAUCUGAUAUGAAUACAGCCCAUGGGAGAGGCGUGAAUGGUUUGACAAUGACAAAAGAUGGUCGAUUUUUGGUGUCACUCGGGCUGGAUGAAAAGAUCCGGUUGUGGAAUACUCAGACAGGCAAUAACACAUUUGUCAAUUACGGGUUUAAUUGGCGCAACCGAUUUGAACUACGGAUGCAGGCCACAAUUGAUGACGAAGCAUGGCCUCCCUUACUCUAUAUACCCAGUGAUGAUAGACAAGUGUUAGUCUAUCGCCUGUUUGAUGGCGUGCUGAUCCGUCGACUUAAGGGAGCAUAUGGUCGAGUGAUUUGUGUGGAGAAAAGGGAGGCGUAUCAAGAGUUGUACAGCGGGUCAAAUGGUGGCGAAGUCUUAGUUUGGGAACCGCCCCUGCAAGAUGAAGAUGUCGUGGACCAAAUUGAACAAAAUGACCUGGACGCAUGGAGUGAUAGUGAUCAAGAAGUACAGCAUACAUAA